UUGUGAAUUGUGAUGUUCACGUUCAUGUUUGCAAUAGUUUAUAAACAAGAGUAGUGUUAGAGAAUUAGUUGUACUUUUGUGUUGAAAAGUUAUUGGAGAUUUCUCAAAAAUGUCUUCAGUGUCUUCACCAUCAAUUGAACUGAGUUCAUACCGUGACCAACAUUUUAAGGGUAGUAGAGGUGAGCAGGAUAAACUCUUGAGAUUAACCACUACACUGUAUGUGGGAAAUUUGUCUUUCUUCACAACAGAAGAACAAAUAUACGAACUGUUUACUAGAUGUGGAGAUGUCAGAAGAAUUAUCAUGGGAUUAGAUAAAUACAAGAAGACGCCGUGUGGAUUUUGCUUUGUGGAAUAUUAUAAUAGAGAAGAUGCUGAAAACUGUUUAAGAUAUGUUAAUGGAACUCGUUUGGAUGACAGAAUAGUGAGAACUGAUUGGGACGCAGGAUUCAUUGAAGGUAGACAGUAUGGCAGAGGUAAAACUGGUGGACAAGUACGUGACGAAUAUAGAACAGAUUAUGAUUCUGGCAGGGGAGGCUAUGGUAAAAUUGUAGCUCAGAAAUUCUUAAAUUAAUACAACAUAUAUUUGAAAACAAUUCCAUUUGAGUGGA